AUGGAUGCUCGAGUUUCAACAUGGAAAGAAAGAAUUGAGAAUGCCUUGGAAGAGCAGGAUAAAAAUCCACCUUUUGAUAUGGGUUCAUAUGGGGAGCAAAUCCUUGACACAAUUUCGUCAAGAACUGAUAGUACAGGAAUUGCGUCUUUUAGUGAGAUUGUUUGUGGCAGACCAAAGUAUGAGGUUGCCAGAACAUUCUCUGCCCUUCUCCAGCCGGUAAACGGCAGAAGUGUUGAUCUGGACAAAGGACAAACCACAAAUGAGUUGGUGUGUUACACAGCUGAGAAUCCAUUCCACGUAAGGCUCAUUGGUCUCAACCAGAGGCCAGAAAUUGAGGCACGCUUUGCUCAGAAGAGAGUUUAA